CGCCGCUCCUCUCCGCUGGCCGCAGUGCUAGCCCCGGGGGAGGAUCCGUCCGUGCCGAGUCGGGGCUGGAGUGCUCGUUAAAGGGACCUCAAGCACCGACCAUGCGUCCCAUCCCCGCGCGCUCGGGUUACAGAUUCGCAGGACCCAGCCGGGAUCCAGCGUGAGGAAGAAACCCGAACUGACCUGACUGACGCUUUUACAGUCCAGAAGGAAGACAGGAAGGGGAGCACGAGGCCUGAGGGGCUUCUCACCCAGAGAAGUCUGAAUUGGAGGAAGAUCAGAAUCCUCACAACGGGGAGGAGGGGGUGGUCAUGGCGACAGAUUUGACCGAAAUGGCCGAGGAAAGAGUUCUGUCUUCUCGGGAUUCUCCCUUUAACCAAGAGAAAAGCACAGAAGUGGCAGCUCUGCGCCUCACAGCCAGGUCCCAGGCAUCAGUGACAUUCAAGGAUGUGGCCAUGGACUUUACCCCAGAGGAGUGGGGGAAACUGGAUCCUGCACAGAGAGACGUGAUGUUGGAGAACUAUAGGAACCUGGUCUCAUUUUGGCUUCCAGUUUCCAAACCUGAUAACUACAAUUUGGAGCAUGAGAAAGAACCACUGAUGCUUGAGAGAAAACCUCCCAAAAGCAGCUAUUCAGACCUGGAGACUAGACCUGAGAGCAAUGGUUCAACUGCAAUAGAAGAUUUUUCCAAAGAAGAAUCGUGCCAGGUUGCAAUAAUAGAUAGACUGGCAAGGAAUAAUGUCUAUGACUCCAACUUGGAAACAAGUCUAGAAUGUGAAAAUUGGUUAGAGAAUCAGCAGGAAAAUAAAGAGGGACAUUUAGAAAUGUUCACCCAAGUGAAAUCUCUCCCUGAAGAAAGAGCUCAUGAGCAUGAUAUAUAUUGGAAAAACUUAGGCCAAAACUCUGCCCUCCUCACUCAAGACAGAAUUCCCAAGAGACCCUAUACCUUUCAUGCACUUGAAAAAAGAUCAAAACAGAAACAAAACUUAUUGAAGAAGCAGAAAACCUAUAAGGAGAAAAAGCCUCAUAAAUGUAAUGAUUGUGGUGAACUAUUUACUUACCAUUCAGUGCUUAUUCGACACCAGAGAGUCCAUACAGGAGAGAAACCCUAUAGCUGCAAUGAAUGUGGGAAAUCUUUUAGCCAUAGAGCUAAUUUAACUAAACAUCAGAGAACUCAUACUAGAAUUCUUUUUGAAUGCAGUGAAUGCAAGAAAGCCUUUACUGAAAGUGCAUCCCUUGCAAUACAUCAGAGAAUUCACAUUGGAGAGAGACCAUAUGAAUGCAAUGAGUGUGGAAAAGGCUUUAAUCGAAGUACACAUCUUGUGCAGCAUCAGCUAAUUCAUACUGGAGUGAAACCUUAUGAGUGUAAUGAAUGUGAUAAAGCUUUCAUUCAUUCAUCAGCACUCAUUAAACAUCAAAGAACUCAUACUGGAGAGAAACCCUAUAAAUGUCAGGAAUGUGGGAAAUCCUUUAGCCAUUGCUCAUCCCUUACUAAACAUCAGAGAGUCCAUACCGGAGAAAAGCCAUAUGAAUGUAGUGAGUGUGGAAAAACCUUUAGUCAGAGCACACAUCUUGUUCAGCAUCAGAGAAUUCAUACUGGAGAGAAACCCUAUGAGUGUAAUGAAUGUGGGAAAACUUUCAGCCGGAGCUCAAAUUUUGCUAAACAUCAAAGAAUUCAUAUUGGAAAAAAACCAUACAAAUGUAGUGAAUGUGGAAAAGCAUUCAUUCAUUCUUCAGCUCUUAUUCAACAUCAGAGGACUCAUACUGGGGAGAAACCCUAUAAAUGUAAUGAAUGUGGGAAAAGCUUUAAGUGCAGUUCCUCCCUUAUCCGACAUCAAAGAAUUCACACUGAAGACCAACCCUGAAAAAUUAUUGAAGAAAUGUAAGUUGUUUUUCACACUGUGUUAAGUCCUGGAGUGUUUAGGUGGAAGACCCAUAAAAUGCUGCUUGAAUAUCCAUCUGUAUGCAUCUAAUGUUACUUGCAUAAUAGCAAGUCUAUGAGCCAUAAACCAUUGGUUUAUUAAUUGUGAAAAUUUCUAACUUUCUGUCAGCAAUCUCAAAUUUUGAUCCCCAGCUCUCCCAUAUACCUUUUCGUAGAAAUUCAAGAAAUUCUUGGGAGUGCGCUGACAAUAUAAUAGUGUAAUACUCAAUUUUCCCCUUCCUUUGUCACAUCAAAGUCCUGUUAACACUUCUCACUUUGUAAAGUAGUUCAUAUUUUGUGGGGUAAGCAGAGGGUUCCUCUUUGAAUCCAAAGAGAUAUCCAGAAAGUCUCAUUUAUUUUAUAUUAGCUGUAAACUCUUAAAGGCUAAGUUCAACUAUACUUCGGAUUUUGUCCCUCCCCCAGAACAUGACUGUCCAAUGAACGUAAUUAGACUGUAUCUAUAUAUGAGGUUCUAAAUUAAUAUUCCUGUGGAUUGUGUUGGUCAUAAAUUUAGGUAAUUGCCAUUCUUCUGCUAUUUAGCAGUUUAUCAAUUUUCUGCUUUCUUGAGAUUUACCCUAAAGUAGAGAAUGGGUCAAAACAUUAACUUUUUAUCAAGUCCCUCUAAUUUUUUUCUUAGUAUUGGGUGAAUCCUUGGCUGUCUGUGUCCACAGUAACAGGGAGGCUUCAUUCAUUACAUUAUUCUGUUUUCUAUAAACUGUGUCGCUUUAAGAAGACAUGGAAUAUUGAGGAUCUGAAAAGUUUAUGGGUUCAAAAUGUUAUACUUAGGGUCCCAGUCAAGAAGAUCUGAAGCAACUGUGAGACACAAGGACAUGCCUUCCUGUCAGAAAAGGAAAAUAGCUCAUAGGUUAGUGAUUCACUUGAGGAUAAAGAGCUUCCCUCCAUGACAAAGUUGCCAUUUUUCUGGCCUUUACGUUUACCCACCUUUUUUGUUGUUCUUUUUCUCUGUAUAUGUUGGUCUUUGUUAUAUACUAAAAUCCUAAAGAAAAUAGAAAAGGCAUGAAAUCCAAUGAUGUAUUGAUAUGUUCCAUAGUGACCAAAAACCAGUAGUGGCAUUGGAAAAAUAAGCAAAUAUUCAAAUAAAUAUUUAGCAAAACACAAAUUUCAGUUUUUAUCAUUAUAUAUUGUGUGGAAAGGUGAUAGAAACGAUAGAGGAAAACAUAGGUCUCAGGUUUUUUUCUUUCUCUUCUCCUAAAUCUUAGCCCUUUUGAACAUCCAGCUGCCAGUCCAUGCCCUUGUCCCCUCUAUGCUAUCCCUGUUACCUCUUUAAUUCUCUCUCUGUGGGCUUUAGUUUCAUUAUUGAGGAAAAAUAGAAGGGAAAAGUUUAAAGAAUUGGUGGUAGUGACAAGAUCAGUAAGGAUGAAUCAAGUCUAAAUCCAGCAAUAGUAGAAAUACAAGAAAAGAAUAGAAAAAUGAAAGGAUUGGAAGGAGGUUUUAGAAAAGAGUUAAAAUGGUUUUAAAAAGACUCAGUGGGGUAUAGGUGUUUGGGAAGCCUCAAGGUCAGAGAAGUCAGGUAAGGAGAAUGGGUGGCACAGAAAUAAAAAUGAAAAAGGGGCUCAACCUUUUUCACUACUGUAAUAUUCAGUAUUGUCUAAAGCAAAAAUUGACAAACUAUCCUGGACCCACACACCAAGUCCAGCUUGCUGCCUUUUCUCUCAAUGUGUUUUGGAACUCAGCCAUACUCUCAUUUAUAUAUUGUCUUUGACUAUUUUUCUCCUGCUCUGCCAGAAUUGAGUAGUUGCAGUAGAGAUUAUAUGUCUUAAAAAGCCUAAAAUACUUGCUAUCUCUCAAUAUGCCAAAUGUUUGCGUGAGAAAAAAGUUUAUUAUUUGGGUACCAAAUUUUGACUAACAAGAUAAACAUGGGCUUUCCAAUGCUGUACUUGAAUUCUGCCACCUCCACUUAGCAAUUAUGUGACCUCAGAAAGCUGCUUUACUCUCUGAGCCUUGGUUUAUCUGUAUAAUGGGAAUAAAUCAUCCCUGUCAUAAGAUUGUUGUGAGGAUUGCAUAGGACAGUGUACAUAAAGGAUCUUGCAUACAAAAAAAACAGCUAUACAAAAAACCUCCAUGUAUUUGUAUUUUUUAAAUAACCCUUAAAAAAUCAGUCCAUUUGUUCUGCUAUAACAGAUGUAUCACAGAUGGGGUGCCUUAAACAAUAAGCAUUUCUCAUAAUUCUGGUGACUGGGAAAUCCAGGGUCAGGGCACUCGCACAGUGCCUGGUGAAGGUCAGCUGUUCUUAGACAGACAUCUUUUUGUUGUCUCCUCACAUGGUGGAAGGGCAAGGGAGCUCUCUAGGGUCCCUUGUAUAAGAGCUCUGGUUUCGUACAUGAGGGCUCAGCCCAUGUGAUCUAAUUGCUUCCCGAAGACCCCACCACCUAACAUAACCACAUUGGGAUUAGGUUUCAACACAAAUUUGAGGGCAGCAAAAAUAUUCUAUCCAUAGGAAGUGGCUAAAUUAUCUAUCAGUAGAAAUAGUUAAUGGUUGUCUUCAUUAUCCUCUGUAUACUGUCAGAACUGACCAUUCUGCUCUCUGGCUUAGAGGAGCUUCAUUUUUUCUGCUCUUGCUUCCAUUUGGUGCCUCCCUACACAACCUUCUUGAGAUUUUGUGGAAUCUUUUUUUUCCUUGAGUACCACUUACCCAGGGGCUAUCUGAUGGUCCCAUAGACUCCAGUUUAUAAUCUAAUUACAGCUUAGUGUUCAGGGACUUGCUCGAAAUUAGCGUUUCUGAGGACUCCGACCUUUUCCAUUUCAGUAUUCUUUUUAUGCACAGUGUUAAAUCUGAGUAUGUGUUUGUACUCUGACAUGCACCUUGGAAGUUUUAAUGUUCUGCUUUUCAAAUGUUUUUGGUUACCUAUAAAUCAAAUUUGAUUGUUCUUUUGGCCCACUGUCAAUAAAGAUGUUGUUUAUAUAUCUAUUGUCAGAAACUUUUAUAAGUUGCUUUUAAUUGCUUAUAUAAGCCUAUUUUAAGGAAGACCAGACAUCAUUUUUUAGGAAACCAGUACUUUUCUGAUUGUUCGUUUGAGCAUCACAACUUCUGAGAGAUAAGGUGGGGCCUGCCCUCCACGCCCACACAUGCAUGAGAUGGUUGCAGGGUAGAGAAAGUGGUGCUGAGGGUUCUCAGGCCAAGUGCAGAUACUACUCAGCCUGGAUAACUUGGGGGAGAGUGGGACAGGGAAGAACUUCUUAUUAAAAGUAGUUUAAACUAGGCAGGCAGGAUGUAUUUUAAAAACCAGCACAUUGAUGUGUUUAAAAGCAUCUAAAUUGGUGAAGACAGUGUAUCAACCAACAGUAUAAAACAAUAGUAUAAUAUACAAAAUUACUCAAAUUAGUUGGCAAUUUAAUCAUUAAAUUUUCUGUUUAAGUCUCGUGAUUUUUAAGUUUCUUCAUUCACUUUUUUUCUGUUAAUAUUAUUUCAGGGCUCAGGGUAAAAGCUUUUUCCCUGCUUUCUCUAUUUCUGUGCUCUUUUCUAGGCCCCUCCUGGGGAGUCAGGAUCCAGAACCACUAACUUGUUCCUCACCACAGGUUUUAUUGAUGGAGGGGGUGGCGGGUAUUCCUCUGUAGUGAGGCAUAUAAUGUGGCAUCUAUGGGUUAUAUUAUAUUUUUGUGUGAUGGGCUCAAAAAAUUAGAUGUUUUCACUAAACCGUUGUUCUGUGUAUUUUUCACAAUGUAGCCUGUUUUUACUUAACCUAUGUCAGUCCAUAAACCAGGUAAUCUGCCCUUAGAUUGAAUUGACUAUAUGCAAAAUACAUACCUAACCUCCAUCCCACCUACCAGUUCACCCAUACAUUUGGGGGAUCUGAGGGAUGAAACCAGAGAUUUAGGCAUUCUAGAUCAGAACUGUUCACUUCCAUCUCUACUGUUGUUUCCUCUGCACUGGCUAUAUUUUCAUAGGUCUCCUCCAGUGGUAACAAAUGCAUCUCUUCCAAGUUUGCAUGGUUCUUAACAUUUGCAAUCACCAGGACACUGUCUAAAUAGUUCCAGCAAAAUCCCCAAGCAUUUUCUUGAAUCAUGCUAAUCACUGGAACAUUUACUGCCUUGGACACAACAGGGAACAUCACAGUGGAAGAGGUGAAGGAUUUCCUAGGCUCUUCAGAGGAAUCUGAGAAGAAUCUGAGAAACAUGGUAAAAGUUGAAACUCCAGCCGGUGCCAUCCUGAUCAAAUGAGGAGGGCCAGAAGUGCCUGACCACCACUUGCUCUGCUCAAAGCUGAGAUCCAGGAUCACUGGCCCCUCCACACCUGCUAACCUGGCAGCUCCAGUGGCACCUGCACACCACUGGUCCCAGGGCAGCCCCAGAGUGUGGGCCUGGAUUCCACCCAGAGGGCCUGAGGGGCUCCUGGCUACCCUGAGACUGGGUGCCACAGCUGGGGUUGGCAGCUGCUCUGCAUAGCCUCCCCCUUCCUUUGCAAAGAACAUAUUUCUAACACCUGUGCUGGGCAGAACAGAGUUCUAUAACUAUUUUGGUACUGCUCCUACCAGAUCCAGUCAGGAAAUUAUGUUUGUGUAUCUGGGGGUGUGGUCAGGAUGGGUUUCCCUGAGAUUGUACCUUGGGGUUUUUGUCAUUUUGUUAAAAUUAGUAGUUUUAAUAUUAAAAAUAGUGAUUUUUAAUAUUGAAAUAAAAGCACUUAAUAUCUAAAAAAUUAUUUAUUGCCUCAGGCUUGGGGUUCUCUCAUUGACCAGGUGUGAGUCUACUUAAAACCCUGCAGUUGGAGAGAGUGAAGUUCAUCCCACUCACUUGAAAGAGAUUUCAAUUCUUUCCUGGUUUUUAAUUAUUGUGAAGAUACUAUGAAAUUUGCUUUGAAAAGAAAGAGAUACCAAUAAAAAUAUGCAUACACUGCUUAUGUAGACACUUUUACGUUUUACUAUCACAUUCUUAAUUGCAAAAGUAGUUUAUAUUAUCCAGUGCAGGAAAAAAAAUGA